AUGACCAGCCGCGACUUCACCAUCGACACGCACAACACGGGCAGGAUCAUCGGGAACGGGCAAUGUUGGUGGAACUGGUAUGGCACCACCAGCUGGUACGACGGUGACGGGCGGCCGAUCGCCUUCACCCUCCGGCGUGUCCUGCGGCACGUCGUUGGCAGUGCGACUUGUACCGAAGAUGCCCAAGCUGGGCUGCUCAUCGGCAUUGCUGGCCCCGAGCCAAAGGACAAGGGCUCCGAGAUCUAUGUUGACCAUGCGGAGGACGAGGAGCUCGAGGAGAAGAGCCGGCCGGGUUGA